GAGGAUCUAGGAUCGGAGCAGCAGAGACACUUUUUUGCUGUUCAGUUGCAGAGGUCUAGAAGAAGUUAUGUCAGACCGGUAUGCUGGCGUGCGAGAGGCAUACUUCUCCAGCAACAAACCACCACCGGUUCCUCCCAAACAGGCCACCGAAUACAACACUUCUGCAUUUCCCCAGUCAGCGGGUGGCAGACGACAUUUCUCUCCCUCCUCCUCCCCCAGUCACCCUCGGACCCAGUCAUCUGGAAGCCCGUCUCAUUACACUCAAUUCUCUCAUUCCAUCCCUCGCAGUCGCGGCAAACCUAGGCCUAACCAAAUGAGGAUGGAUCGUGCAGUAGGUCGCUCCACCUCCUUCUCCCACCCCAUCUCUCCUGAAGCCCCUCCCACUUUGCCUCCUCGGCCAGUGACUGCCGUCCAGAAGACCUUCAAAAGAGCACAGCCCAAGUUCCUCACCGGAGACCUCUCGUUUGAGCACCUCAUAAAACAUUACCAGAAAUCUUUCCCUCUGAGGGUGUACAUCACCAACGGCUACCUCGGAGCCACCUCUCGUCUCACCAUCUCGACUGGCGACAUGUACAAUAUCCACUUCAUGAAGAGCACUAAAGUCAUGUUGUUCAAAGACAGCCACGACACUCCGUACUCCAUCCCUCUCAACUCGGCCAUUGAGUUUGGUCUCCUGUACCAGCCGCGGCAGGGGAGGAAACCAGCUGAGAUCGAGACAGGUGUUGUCUUCUCGUCUGUGGCUGACCUUCUCUCUCAGCCUGAGACGCCGCGAGUCGUCGUCGUUCUCAAGAGCUGGCAGAGCAGCGAUGGGAAGACCUCCGUGGUAACCAAUGAGGUCCUGUUUGUGAGGGGGACACAACGAUCCCUGUUUGGCAAGAAGGGUAUGAAGGUGUUCAGUCGGACAACGAAGAGCGAUAAGUUUCUAGCUGAAGACUGCAACACUCAGUUCUCGACGCAGCCCUCGCUGUGCAGGGUACACAUCACUGAUAUUGUGGACCACAUCAGGCAGCCAAAGGGAGAGAAGUGUGUUCUUUUCCUCAACUCACAGGUGCUGAUGAACCGUGAGAUGUCCUCUAGUGUCCAGACAAUACCUGAUGACCUGUUUGCCAAAGUACUGACCAUACUGGACCAGGUCACUGAGACUUCUCUCAUUGCAUCCUCCAUGCUCCACCGAAGACUGGAGGUGUCAGCAGAGGAUUUUGACCCUGACAGAGAUGUUCUAUUUGACAUACCAGUGGACGAGAACACAGCUGAAAUGACUUGUGCUGUCGUAGAAAUGCCGGACGACUCGGAUACAGACCGUCUCUAUGACGACACCAAGUCUCUGUAUGAGAAGUUUGACCCGACAAAGGUGAUGAGUAUCAAAGACACUGGCUCAGAGAACUCACAUGCUACGCAGAAACUGCUCUACACCACCAUCAGACGGGGCUGUGAGGGACUGGGGGUGGAGAUAGCACGCCCUGAGGCUCUCUAUGACAUCAUUCCCUCCCACAUGAAGUCUCAGUUCCCACCCACUCCGUCCUCUUCUGCCUCCGCUUCUCCCCUCCCUCCUCUUCCCCCUUCUGUCCCUCCUACCCUCAGAUCUCCCACUGGAGCCCCAGAGUUCACAGACAAUGUUGGAGGAGAGGUAUCAGAUGGCAGUAGUCUGGAGUAUGACGAGGUUACUCCGGAGUCACUCCAGUUGAGUCACCAGAGUCAGAUGCCCAACCUCCACACAGUCUCAGUAACCAGAGGACCCACACAGAUUGAUGGCAGACUGGAGAAGAAAGUUGAAGAACUGCAGCAGCAACUGAGGGAGAGUGUGGCCGAGGUGGCUUGUCUCAAUUCCAGACUGGAACGGAGUGAGGACCGGGCGGGACAGCUGGAGGAAGAGUUGGGGAAGAUGAAGUCCUCGGUCGAGAAGCUGCUACCUCAGGUCUUUGCUCUGCAAUCAAAGAUGACACACUUCGCCUCCCCUCAGAGACGGAUCCCAGCAGAGAUGGAAGAGGAGGGAGAAGGGGAGAAGGAGAGCAGGGUGAAUGACACGAUGGAAGAGAACAAGAAGUUCUUGAGAACUCUCUCCAGCCAUGAGGUAUGUGAGUUGCUACGAGUGAUGGAGCUGUCUCAGUACAAGGAGGCAUUCACCAAGGAGAGUGUGUCGGGGGAGAUCCUGGCUGAUUGCGAUAAUGAAAUCCUCCAGACUGAUCUGGGUGUGGCCUCUCGUCUCCAUCUGUUACGACUGAUGAAAGUCAUCAGUGGCCGGCACUCUGCAGCUGCGCUAAUUGAAGGGGCUGACCCUUACGUCACUUUGGGCAAGAAAUGAACAAAACAUUGUCACUUGAACACUGAAUUCAUGCUGCAGGUCAUUAUACACAUGUCAGUGAAAUAUCUGAAUAGUCACACAAUAUUGUUAUAGUCACUCAUCAUGUUGUAGCCUCAUUAAUGACAAGGUAUUACACAAUGAGUGGGUGUGGUCAAAUCUGUGAUGCUCCGCCUACCAUGAAGCUCUCCACCUCAGUCUCUAGUGCAAUCCCAUCCUCCUCCCUCAUUUCUUUCUUCUUCAGUUUUGGUCUAUUGAGUCUGCGACAAGCCUCGUCGAUGCUGUAGAUGCAUUUUGCCCACUCUCCUUUCUCCUUCAUUCUGUCCUCAACCGGCCACAGAGUCAGCGUUGUCCUCCGCACUAUUGCCAGCCUCUCCUGCUCCAGCUUCCCCUUACCCCUCGUCCCACUGCAGUUACACUGCGCCAUCUCCUCUGGAGUGAACAGGUAGCGGACCAAGUUCACCGCAAAGUUCCUUCGAGAGCAGGAUUUACCCCGGGACACCACGAGGUACUCCGGAUCAAACUCAGGGAAUGUGGCCGCCAGGUUGAUACCCCGGAGUGUGUGGGGAUGUUCGGGGUCCCCCGGGAUGACCUCUACCCUCUCCAGGGUCCCCAGGUGCACUGAGGAGUCUACCCCAGAGUCUCCCGGAGUCCUCUGGGGUGAGAGGUCGGAGGUCAGGAUGAGGUGGUCAGAGCUGUUCGUCACAAUCUGCAGAAGAGCACAAACAGAACAUCCUGAACUCUCUAUCCUGUUCUAAAGAUUAGUCUUUUCCCUGUAUCUCGUCCAAACAUUUGCCGUUUCCCCUAUCUUGCAUCACAAACAUUCGUUUUUUCUUCCCUCCCUCCAAACGUUUGUUCUUGCUCACAUCUUGCUCCAAAAAUUAAUCUUUUCACCUAUCUCACUUCAACAGUUCAUCUCGUCCCCCAAAUACAUAUCUACCCACUGUAACAAUGUUAAGAUAAAGGUGUCCAUUAUUCAGAGCAAACAUACUGAGAGCCCGAUCUCAGUCAGUCUGUUCUUGAUGUCCUCCUGGUUGCGUCGUAUCAUGAGGAGAGAGCCGGCCAGAGUCGAGUAGCUUCUUCUGACCUCCUUCACCUCAUAGAGGAUCUGGGACAGAGGGUCCAUCUUCUCUGUCAGUGGAGGAGGAUCUAUCUCUCGCGGCACCGCCUUCCCUUCUCCUCCUGCUGCAGCUUUAGCCCUG